AUGCAGAUCCACCAAAUAAAGUUCCAAUUUGCAGAUGACAUAGCAAUAGCGUUCCAGUGUAGAGAUUUAAAAGACGGCAGUGCAAUCUUAACCAAAGACCUAGAGUUAAUGAAAACAUACUUCCGCAAUCGGCGCCUAAAGCCAAAUCCUAGUAAAACAGAGGUUUGUGCAUUUCACCUAAACAACAGACAAGCUAAUGACAAACUUGAGGUUGAAUUUGACGGUAUAAGUGUAAAGCAUAAUUAUAUGCCUAAAUAUUUGGGUAUAGCGCUAGACCGCUCGCUUACAUUUAAUGAGCAUUUAGGUACCCUCAGUAAAAAGAUUAGGUCCCGGGUUAACCUGGUACAAAUGCUUGCUGGAACAGGCUGGGGUGCCGAUGCUAAGACCUUACGGGUAGCAGCAUUAAGCCUAGUUUAUAGUACAGCAGAGUAUGGGUCCCAAGUUUGGUGUAAUAGCACACAUGUAAGCAAAAUAGACACGUAGCUCAAUAGCGUAAUGAGAGUAAUAAGGGGGACAGUUAAAUCUACACCACUGCAAUGGCUACCGGCACUAGCAAAUAUUAAACCACCACACAUUCGUAGGAAGGAUGCACUUGUAAAAACCAUUAAGAAAUCUGUAGAUUACAAGAGUUCACUUUUAUACCAGAUGAUGCUUCAAACACCCAAUCAACGAUUAAAAUCUAGAAGCCCACCUGUUGAGUAUGCUAGAACACUGAUAAGUUUAGGGUUUGAUAGCGCCGAGGAAUGGCGAAAAGAAAGGGCAAGCUAUACAGCACCAAAUAUGAAGCUACUAUGUGACCCUAAUAAUAGAGUUCUAGGAAUGAAUCUUCCUCGUUGUACCUGGUCCACGUUAAAUAUACUGCGUACAGAUCAUGGUCGGUGUGGUUACCUCCUAAAUAAGUGGAGACUCCAAGAUAACCCAGUGACUGCGGAAACGGGGAACAAACAAUAA